AUGAGUCUCGAAACUUUAAUCCUUGCUGCCGACUUUUUGGAGUGGCGUUCGAAGACUAAAACAUGUGGGAAUGACAUCUCUGCAGACUUCUCCAUAUACGAGAAACAAGUGAAAACCUCUUUGAAUUCUGCAUCCACACCAUCGCUGCCUCCACUUCCGCCACCCCCACCCCCUCUGCCACCAUCACCUCCUCCUCCAGCUCUGUCCACUCUCCAACCACUUCCAGAACAGCCAGCAACUUCUACCUCUUCCUCACCUUCUUUUCUUACUCCCAUAAUGACGCUUCAGUCUCCACAUAACAGCAGCAGCAGCAGUAACAGCAGCAACAGCAAUAACCAUAUAAAAUCAAAAAAUGCUGACAAAACUGACAAGAGACGGGCUGGUGGGUUAGUAUCUUCUUUUUUUUUCUUUUUCUUUUUUUUCUUUUUCUUUUUUUUUUCUCCUUCCUUCUACUCUGGACUCUCACUUAAUUCUUCCUCUUGUUCUCUCCCUCUCUCACUUAAUUCUUCCUCUUGUUCUCUCCCUCUCUCACUUAAUUCUUCCUCUUGUUCUCUCCCUCUCUCACUUAAUUCUUCCUCUUGUUAUCUCCCUCUCUCACUUAAUUCUUCCUCUUGUUCUCUCCCUCUCUCACUUAAUUCUUCCUCUUGUUCUCUCCCUCUCUCACUUAAUUCUUCCUCUUGUUCUCUCCCUCUCUCACUUAAUUCUUCCUCUUGUUCUCUCCCUCUCUCACACUUGCGCUCGCGCUCUCUCGCUGUUUCUCUUCCACUUGUUUCCCUCUUCUAUUUGCUAUGUUUUCUUAGCAAGUUUCUCUCCAAAGAUGGGAAGAAAACUCAAAUUCCCCACCACUAUGUAUUCUUUGUCAUAUACCUAACAAGAGGUGCUGGUACGCGAGAAGUCCAUAACAAAUUGGAAAAAAAUAGGAGAGCUCACAUGAAGGAAAUGUUUGAAUAUUUGAGAUCCCAAAUUCCACAAUUGGAAGAUAAAAAAAAUUCAAAUCUGAGCAUUUUGAGGAAUGCUAUUCGUUAUAUUCAGACACUGAGGCGUAAAGAAAAAGAAUAUGAAGUAGAAGUACAGAAAUUAGCCCAGUACAAAAUUGUACUGCAAGAGAAACUACGGCGUUUGAAAAUGGACACUAGUUUGAUGAAUAUAGAAUUCUCUGUGAAUAAAGAACCCGAUGAAGAAGAGGAAGAUGAUACGUAUUCCACAUCAACAGCGUCAGAAGGUGAUGGUCCAAUCAUGAGUGAUGUGGAAGAUGAGGACGAAGAUGAACAUCAGGAUAAUUCUCAAAAGCAGAAAGAUUUGGAAAGAAAAGCAACUUCUGUAAUUACAUGUCAAGCCUUACCAACCACUAUUGAGACUGCUUCACCCCGAGUGACUUUUGCUUCUAAUUCCUCUGUCGUUUCCACGACGACUUUGUUAUCUGGGUCCAUAAAACCUUUGAAGAAUAAUAUCAACUUACCAACGACAGUAAUUACCAACAACUCUGUAUCUGCUACUAACAUCACACAGAAUAUUAAUACUAGCUUAACUAGUAAUCAUAGUACAAUGGCUCAAAGGCCAGUGAUGGAAAUUUUACACAAGACUUUGGCUCAGAGACAAGCCAUAAAUAAACAGAUUAUUGGAAAUUCUACGAAUAAUACUCGGGCAGAAAUAACAUCUUCUCAAGUAACCACAAUUCAAGCCUCCAAAACGCUCCGGACUGCCACUCACUUGAAGCCUCAGAAUUCCAUUUGUUCAGUGAUUCCACUGCCUACAGCGUCUGUAAAACCUGGGCUUCAAUCCACUGGCAUCAAACUGGCCACAUUAACCAUUCCUGUAAACAAACCGACCAAAAUGGCUAUCACUCCUCACAAGAAAAUUGUGGUUGAGACGUCACCUGCUUCUGUGCCUACGGGUGUGUCAGUCACAGCUGCCUUGUCCUCCCCUGCCUCUUCUUCUGCUUCUGUCAGUGUUUCUUCAGCAACUGUACCCCCGGCACUGACUGCUAUUGUAAGGACACCAACUGCCCAUCCGAUUGUGUCCCAGACUGUGCCUGUGGUGUCGGCAGUCAAACAGAUUAUAACUCCUGCCGACUCUCAGAUAGUAUCGGGGAGUCCACUUGCUGUCAAUCCUUUAUUGGGUCAGUCACUGACACGAACACAAAUUUUGAACACUUCCAUGUUGUCGUCUCCUUCGGUAAGCACAUCAACAACAUCGUCUUCAAAUCAGAUAUCAUCAAUGCACCCCGUCGUGUCCCUCACCCCCGUCUCUCAACUUGUCUCUCCAACUGUUCAUGUCCCCUCUGGUCUCCCACAGACUGCCCAAUUGAAUAUGAUUCCGAUCAUCCAGUCACAGCUUUUUCCGACUAAUCAAGUUGUUGGACAGUCGGUGACAGCCAAACCUCUCGUCAUGGUUACAGUUCCCACGACGACAACAGUACAAGUCUCAGUUGCUAUGACUCCCACCACAACAUGA